GCUAUUGGGGCAGCAUCGCGGCACAGGUUGGCAAGCCCUUCUAUUCUGGAAGCUGUACAGCUUUCGACUGUAACGCGGGCACUGGUUCCUCCUGCAAGACGUGCGUGGACCAACCGAAGCGAAAGCAGGACAACCAUUGCUCCAGCUGCAACGAUGGCUACACCAUCUUCGAGCCUCAGUGCAAGGUUAUGGCCAGCGAUCAGAAGUGUGGAGGACCAACCUGCGCGAAGGCCUGCAAGGGCGACAAGUGCGGCUUCAAAU